CUUAUGAGGCUGAGCCAUAGUGACAUGUAAACAAGAUGGCGGCGAUGAUUCGCUUAGGAGGCGAAAUAAACACAUUAAUAUCAGGUGUUUAUGACAAAAAAAAGUAUGAUUAGCGUAAUAAAUCGAAUAACUUUAACAAUAAUAGAAGUUAUUAACAAUGUAAAUAGUUAUUUUAAGUUCUAAUACUGAAUAUAAUUUUAAUUCAGUAUUUCUCUAAGAAGAAAUAAGAAUGCCCAGUUCUAAAAGACUAAAAAAAAAAAAAAAAAACUAAGACUAACGUCCAGAGUCGGUGAUUACUUACUAGUAUAGUACUACACUACAUUUUCUGCUGACUAAAACUUUAACAAUAAUAGAAGUUAUUAAAAAUUUAAAUAGUUAUUUUAAGUUCUAAAACUGAAUAUAAUUUUAAUUCAGUAUUUCUCUAAAAAGAAAUAAGAAUGCCCAGUUCUAAAAGACUAAAAAAAAAAAAAAAACUAAGACUAACGUCCAGAGUCGGUGAUUACUUACUAGUAUAGUACUACACUACAUUUUCUGCUGACUAAAACUGCUACCUUAGUAAACUUUACUUCUAUUUAUGUAGAGGGGAUUCGCGAUAUUUCUGUGCCUGGUAUUGAAAAGGAUAUUUCUCUGGUUGCAAGGGCUACUCAGCGAGGGUGUCAGGAACUGGAGGUUGGAAGCCCUGAGGCAAUAGACGCAAAUGUGUCGCCGUCUCAGCUGUUCCUUUCGGAAGCUUGUUCCAGUCCCUGAUUGUCCUUGGCAGGAAUGAGCAUUUCCUGCAUUGAGUUUUUGCUACUAUGGAGGAAACUGGCUCAAGCAUAUGGCCAUGCAGCUCAAAAGGGUGGUGUAGAGGGGCACUACUUCUGGAGACUGACAGUGUCUAGCACUUGGCAGGAUGAAAUUCCAUGUCCCAGCUCAACUCCCACUCAUCUAACUUAUGGAGAUCCUGGUCAGCACUGUUGGUAAUCGUCCUAUACAUUGCCGUGUCAUCUGUGAACAGCCUUGCUUGGGAGGUCAGUUUCUCGGGUAGAUCAUUGAUGUAUGCUAGGAACAAAUACUAACAGCAGAACUUGAAAGAAAAAUGAAGGCAAAGGAGAUGAGAUGAUUCAGAAGCAUUCUUGGAAUUUGCUAUAGAGACCAUAUCUCUAAUGAACAAGAAAGGAUUCGUCAACCAAUGGGGCAGUAUGAUGACCUCCUGGUGACUGUAAAGAUGACAAUGUGCAAACUGGAAUGGUAUGGCCACGUAGCAAGAAAACAAGGGCUCGCCAAAAAAAUCAUGCCAGAGGGGGGUAGAAGAGGAAGACAGAGAAAAAGAUGGGAAGAUAACAUCAAAGAGUGCAUGGGACUAAAACUAGGUGAUGCUGUGCAAAGUGCAGAAAACAGAGGAAUGGAGAACGAUAGUUUUCAUGUCAUCUGUGGCGCCCCAAUGGUCCAAGAACUAAGGAACAUGAUGAUGAUGAGGAACUAACAUGGGCCUAGUCUAGCACUGAGCCCUGGGUGACCCCUGACUUAACAACUACAAAGGAGGAGCUUGUACCAUCCACAACUGCCUGGCAUCAGUUGUUGAGGAAGCUAGAGAUCCAUUUUUUGGUAGUGCUACUACUAUUAAUAAAAAUUAACACUGCCUGACUAGGUAGUCCAUGCCAUAUUAUAAAUAUAAAUUUAAAAAGUUUGGAUGUUAAGUAUUAAGUAGAUAAUCUUUUAGAUAGUAUAGUCUACACCUACAGUAUUGUGGGGACUUUUAGAAUGAGAAUGGUGUGAAACAGAAGUCUAGCAAUCAAAUAAUGCGGGUAACCUUCCUUUUGGUUUACGUUUCUCUUUGAGUCAGGACAAUUGAACAGAGGCAUGGAUUAGUGUCCAGUCAAGAUAAAUAACUACAGUGAAAAAAGAAAUUGAUAUGGACCUCAGAUAGCUAGUCCUAUUUCCUGUUGUUAACUUAACAUUAUAUUUAUCUUGCUGGUUGGAGUUUGACUUGCUACUUGUCACUGUAAUAUUUUAAUACUGUCUAAUGCAAAGUAACCAACUAAAAUAAUUUAAUAAGUGAAUAACAGUGUAUUUUAAUGUUAAUUCAUUCAAAAGUUAAAAAAUUUCUGAAGAUCAUAUCAUUAAAUUAAAAUAUUAUAAUUAUAUGCAUAGUUUUAUUAAAUUAUACUAAAUUAUUUGUUUUCCUUAGCAAAUAGGAAAUUAACUAUUUGAAUGAGAAUCUUAGUGUUUUUAGUUAAGAUCAAAACAUUCAAAGCUCAAAGGCGACUAUCGAUUAAUUUUGAUUUGUUCUUUUAUCACAAAAAAUGAACUUAUUCUGCUUAUCCUUAGUGAAUUUUGUUUCAAUCAAAACAUCAAAAACUGAGUUUUUUAAUUUUCAAAGCAUAUUUAUUUUGAGUUUAUUUCAAAUUUUCAAAAACUUCUUUAAAAUUUAGAAUCUGUAGAUUUAUUUUAGGACAAGAAAUUGAAGUGUCAAAGAUUUAUUUGUGCCAUAUAAGCGUACAUGUUUUAUGGAUGAGAAAGAAAAAUAUGUAAAUUUUACAAAGUAUUUACUUCUUUAGUCAAAUCAUCCUGUGACUAUUUUUGAAUGUGUAUGAAUCUUUUGAUUAUGAUUAAGUAAAUAAUGAAAAAAUGAGUAAACUUUGUUAAACUAUUAAAUAUUUCAAAAGUACAAUUAAAUGCUACAAGGUUAUGAGGUUUAGGAAUGGUGUUAAAGAGUUCACAUUAAUUACUGAAUAUAUCAACAAUUUAUGUUUUUGUAAAAUGGGUAUAAAAAACAACAAUGAGACAUGCCAAAUUUAAAUUUUUUUUGUAACUGCAGUGAAGCUGAAUACAGUCGCCAAAUUGAAUUUGCUGCAGCAGUAAAGAUCCAAUCCUGGUUUCGAGCUGUACGUGUUAGAGCUUACUUGAAGUAAGAAUUCCUUUAUUAACAUUAAAAAAUCUUUACAAAAUCAGAAAUCAUAUAUAUUUCAUUUAGUAGUUCAUUUUUGAACAUGAAAAAAGUUUUCUUUUAAUUUCUUGUAAAUGCCAGUAUUAUAGUGUAUUAAUUGAGUUAGCAUUAAUGAUGGUGUCUUAUUUUAACAAUGGUUUCUUGAUUUCACAUAUUGCAGUAUUACCGGUACACAUAACUUUGAAUGAAGUACUUUAAAAUAUAACUUUCUUAAUUAGAUAAAUAACUUUGCCAAGACAAAAAUUUCAUAAUCUUAAAUUGUAACUAAGUAUUUUAUUACAUUUCCACACAAUUAUGCUGACUGUGUCAUUCUCAAUUAUUUAAAAAAUGCAGACUGAUGUAGCAGUUUGCUUACAACCUUACAUCUUUUAUAAAAUGUAUACUAAAGACAGAUGCUUAAUCAUUAAGUUAAUAUUUAGAAUUCAUAAUGAAUCCAGAUAUUGUUAUGAAGACAACUGAUUGAAAGCAAUGGUAAAAUAAUUUGAUAAUUAUAUUUUGGCUUCAGCUUUUGUGCAGAUAAAUUAGUUUUGUGAGUUUUGGGCUCCAUAUACAUGUUUUAGACUUGAGCAAGUGGUCUUGUAUUGGAGUCUGAACAUUCAAAUUCAUAUUUCAUCCUUUCAGAUACUUAAACAAAUGUGCCACAAGAAUACAAAAAGUAUGGCGAGGUUAUUUAGGUCGAAGGUUUUGCAGGGUUCUGUUAAAGGUAUUAUGUGUUUUUAUUAAGAGUAUAACUAUUGUGAAUAGCAUCAUUACAUUUUUAUAUCUUGUUAAAAAACACAAAACAUGGUCAUAGUUUAACAUUAUUUAUUGAAGAACUAUCCAAUAGAGAAAAACUAGGUAUAUAUACUUAAAAUUCAUUUGUUUUCAUGGUUAUAUUUGUAUUCCAAUUUAUGUGUUAAAAUAUGAUUUUAAAAAAAAUUCUGUUAGCUUAUACCCAUUUUAGAAAAAGAGAGUAAAAAAAACAAUGUGGUUUUUCACAUGUUAUUAAAGGUUGUUCACAAUUAAGGAAAGAUGAUUAUGAGAUAUUUGAAGGAUAACAAUAAUUCUUGUGUUGGCUAAGCCUUGGCCAUCUGUGGAUUGUUUGUACUAGCCUCAGCUAAAAAUUUUAAAAAGAGAUGCUUUUAAGAUAACUCCAUUUCAUCUUUUUCUCCAGAAUACUCUGUUUAUUAUGAAACUAAAUCAUUACAACAAGAUGGCAUGCAGGGUAAAGUUUUUUUGCUUAUGUUUUCUAUUUCUAAUUUUGAAAUAUGACAUGCAUUUCAGUGAGGAUUUUGAUAGAUACAGGAAUGUCAAUGACGGGAAAUUUUGUGUAGAGUGGUGCAUGGUUAUUAUGUGAUUUGAUGAGGUAUUCUCAAGCUUUAAAUAAAAAAGAAGAAGAUAGUGAAAGUGUUUGAAUAAUUGUUUGGGAUAUUGAAUAAUUGUUUGGGAUAAGUUCUCCAAGAAUAAGUCAAAAUCUUUUUAUUUAUUUAUUCAUGUGGUAAUAAUUUAGUCUAUACAUUAUGUCAAGAAAAUGAGGUGGAAUUUUGCAGAGUAUUGUUUGAUUUUAGUUGAUUUAUAAACAAUUUUAAAACAUUAGAAUACCACAAAAACUAGGAUCACCUUGAACUUUUCUUCCUUUUUAAAAAAAAUAAUUAAAAACAAAAGAUGCUGAUUGAUAAAUAAAUAUGUUUAUAUAAACUGUUUAUAAGUUUUUACCCUAUGAAUAUAUAAUUAAUACAGGACUGAAAUUAUAUAAAAAAUAUGUUACCAGAAAGCAAUGGGUUGAGCACUUCAUCAACAUAAUUGAAAUUUCUGGAUUACUUUCAUCCAAGCACAAUAAAUCACUUUUAUUACAUAUUUUAACUCAAUCAUUUUUAAAGCAUACAAUUUAAAUGUAUUAAAAAGUAGAAAUUGAUCAUUUCAAACUAGUAGUUGUUUCAAUAUUUUAUUUUACCAGGUACAAAAAACGUGGAGAGGAUACUAUGCCAGGAAAUAUGUAUUCAACUAUCAUAGCAGAAAAAGAUAUCUGGAAGCAUUACAUGUCAAAAAUGAACUCAUCAGGUAAUUACUAGCAAUAUAAUUUAAUUCAUUUAAUCUUUUCUAUGUGGGUUUGGAUGACAUUUAGUUUUUUCUACAUUAAUUUAAACCAUUGCAACAUGUCCACUUUCAGAUCUGAAUUAGCAGAGUUUGCUGAACAUCAAUCCCUUGCUAGGAAAAGAGAGGAAGAAAAGAGUGAAAAACAACGAAAAGAGUAUGAGGCAAGAAAACAUCAUUACCUUGUCAGCACAGCCGUGAAGCCCGGAAUUUACAAUUCCCCAUUUUUGCCGUAAGUCUACUAAAAAUUUGAUAAGGAAUGAGAGUAACUGACAAACAUUUAUCAACUUAACUUUGAGGUUUAUAUUCACUGUAACAUAAACACUGCUUUUUUGCUUUUAUUGGUUAAUUUAAUAAGCUUUUAAUAGCAACUGGUAUCCAGAGAGGUCCCAAAAUACCCAGCAAUGGGGAACAAAAGGGAAGUGUAUGUGGAAAUGAACAAUAGAUGUGAUAGAAAAUAUGUUACGAAGUGAUGUUUAUUUUGAAAUUAUAUUACCACAAUAGUUGUCUUGGCCUGUUAUAUAGUCUUGUCACCUACCACUACUUUAAGUAGUAUUAAGGAAAUAUCCCGCCAACUUUGCAGAUCAAUUCACUGUUAAGCUUUAUCCCAGUGCAAGCUUUACUUCACUUCGUGAUUUGUACACCUGUAACAUGACUUGAAUGCAGCAUGUUAAUAUUGAGAAAUUCUGUGAUCAUCCACAAAAUCAUUCUGUCGCCAAUGCUAAUAUUGUUGUUCUACAACAGUUACCCAACAGAAACUGAGUUCCUACUGCGGAAUGUUCAACCUCUUGCCCACCAGAAGAAAAAGAUAGACUACUGCAACUUUGAUCCAACCUGUGCCAGAUACAAUUCCCAAGUCCCCAAAACUCUUCCGCCGCUGGUGAAGAAGCCUCAGGUUUGUAUUGAUUGUAAAACUUGCAGUGGAAGCACUACCCGUUGCUUUAAAAAAGCCGCAUCGAUGAAUUGAUUUAUAAACAAUGGCGAUGGCUUGGUAAAGUUUGUAAAAAAUCACUUCCCAGGACAGCUCAAAGAUGGGUUGACCAGGAUAACAAAAUCACAAAAGAACUGAAGAGACCUGGCACUGACCAAUAGACAAAUAUUUGUGGAAUAGACCACACUCUGCAAACAGUGCUGAGAAGAACCAUGUUACAUACAUGGUUUUGUAAAUUUAAUCUGUUAUAAGAUUUGGUUCAAAACCAGUGUAAAAAGAAAAACGGUAUUAGAGCUAGUGAUAAUAACACUAUUUAAUUGAAUUAUACUAUUAAGGUUAUAUAAAAAAAUAAAAAAUCAAAUAAACUAAUAUAGUUUUAUUGGUGUUUAUUUGAUUUUGUAUUUUUUAGAUAAACUUAAUACCAGUAUUAUAAUUAAAUUAAAUAUUAUUACUAUCACUAGCUUUGUUAUUGUUUUUCUUUUAGUGGACUUAAUUACAGCAUAGCAACAAAAAAUGCAUAAUCCUCAAAAGAUACACAUUUUUAUAUACACAAAGAGUACAAUAUUGUAAAGAGAAUCCUUUAAGUAUAUUACGUCACAUGAAUGUCAAGGAAAAUUGGCAAAAAUCUCUCUCGAUUGGGAAAGCUGUUGGCUUAUUAAUAGGGCGAGUAUUAGAACCCUACAGAAAAGAAAUUCUAGAAAUUGUAUCACCCGAUAGCAUUCUUUAGAACAUAUUAGAAUGCAUUGAACAUAAACAACAUAUUCUCAAUCAAGGGAGGGAUGGCAGUUGGUACAAUGACAUAUUUAAAUGAUGUCAAUAUCAAAAUAAAAAAAGGUGAAGAUGAAUGGUGGUCACCUCAUUUUUGCAUCAAAGUAAAAUUAGGUCAACACACAGGCUAUAACAAGCCACCAAUGGACAAAAGUGGCAUUCCUUGGCUGUUGUCUUAAGAACCAGGAUUAAAUCGAUAAAUGUCAUUGCGAUAACCUGUUAUUUUUCUCCCCCCCUGCAUGUUAGCAGGAAAAUAAAUGAACAUAAUAGAUUAUUUAAACAAUACAUUUCAGGGUCCAUUCCGUGAGCCAGAUGAAGUGCAAAAGCAGAGGUACAAACCUUUCCGCCCUACACUUCGUGUUGCCACUGAAUUUUAUUCUCUAGAAAAAGCCAGAAAACAACUUAAAGAGGAAGAAUGGGUCACAAGACUCAAUGAUAACAUGUAAGUAAAAAUUUAAUUGAUCUGAGAUUCACACUUGACACUAAAAUGUACACAUUAAGUAGUUUUCAGAAUCAUUGGUAUAAGCACUGUCUGCUUUCUAAAAUGAUAAAAAAAAUACCAUAGUCAGAACUGUUUCAGAAAAAAUUUCUGGUUUGCACGCCAACAGUGUUAGGUUAAACAUUAACAGCAGGACAUAGUAAAUUAAUAACAAUUUAAAUAAGUUUGAUAUAAUAUAAAAUGUGUUUUAUUUUAAACUUUAUUUUAUACAUGUUGACCUUUGAAUAAUAAUUACAUUUUUAAAAAAAAUUGUUACCAACCGUUUCUACCCAAAGGUUCGAUGGCUACGUUUUGUCUAGGGGUUAAUUAUAUUAACUUCACAAACCAUUGAUUAUUAAAAUACAGUGUCUUUAUUAAAACAACUAAAUCAUCAACUGUCAUUACUCAAAGACAACACUACACAAUAAUAAUGCGCCAUUUCCCCUUUGGCACAAUAAGUCACAAAAUAUCAAAGAUUUAAUAGCAACAUCUACCCAAAUACUCUCCAAACAACACGCAAUCACACUAUACAUUCAAGUCCUUAACAUUAAUGCACAAUAAUUAUUCUAUUUUCAUAAAGUCUCAUUUAAAAAGUAACUAAUAUGAUUAUAAUGUAAGAUGGCAGGAAGUUGUUGCUGUUCUGAGCUUGUGCCUCAGAUAACUCCGAAAUGUUGUUGAACAUACAUAUAAAUUUCUCAAAUUGAUAUUUUAAAAAAAAUUUUGCAGCCUUCAACCCUUCACGCAUCGAACAGUGGCCUAUGAACCAUUGCUAUACACAUCAUCCAAGUUUGGACCUGUUAAAUAUGGAACCAGGUUUUUCCGAGAAGAGUUUCCUGAGAACUUCAUCUUUUCUCAGGUUAGUGCUGGAUAAGCUUGGGGAGACUUAAACAUUUUCAUUUCAAUUCUGAUGUGGUGUAGUCAUACUCUUCAUUCACCAUAGUUCAUACAACUUUGAAAUGAUGUAUGAUUCAUUAAAUGUAGACAAACAGAAUUAAGAUUUAUUCAUACAAUUAUUUACUCUUAUUCUUUUCUGCUGAAAAAAAAUCGCAGCAGUCAACAAAAAAUGAAGUACAAGUAAGGGAUAUAUUUAAAACACGAAGCUGUUAAGAUCAAAAUGGAAAAGAUUUAGAAAUAGACAUUUAUCUUGAGUGUCGUAAAAAACUAUCAUGAGAUCAUUUUUCUUCUUCCUUAUAACUAUAUACUGGUGCACCUUUUAAUUCAGUAGUUAAGAUGUUUUUAAUUCCUCAUUUGCUGGAUAUACACUUAUUUUAAUUUUUUUCUUCAGGAUUUUAAAUCGCAAGUACCACCCAUUCCACUAUUUGAUAGACUAAAUGAUACCUACUCAAAAGGGCAGGAAGUAUGAGUUGUGUGAGUUUGAUGACACCUGCUUAAUGAAGAACUCUUUUCAAAAACUUAUCUUUGAAAACUUUUCUGCAAAAUAAUGAAAGAUAAGAAAAUGUUACCCGAGUUAAAAAAAAAAACAAACAAAAGUUUAUAAGUUUU